AUGGAAAAUAUUUUACGAGGUAUUUCUAGAGUACAAGUAUAUUUAGAUGACAUAAUAAUUUGUGGUUCGUCAAGGUCAGAGUGUGAAGAAAAUGUUAAUGCAGUGUUAGAACGUUUAAAUGAGUAUAGAGUAAAAGUAAAUUUCGAGAAAUGUCAGUUUUAUUAUUCAAGUGUACAAUUUUUAGGUCAUAAAAUAGAUUAUCAAGGCGUACAUCCUGAUGAAAAUAAAAUGAAUGCGAUAAGAAACGCACCGUGCCCAAAUGAUGUAGUGCAAUUAAAAUCAUUUCUCGGUCUCAUUAACUAUUAUCAACGUUUUAUUCCAAUGUCGUCAUCUAUAUUAGCUCCCUUGUACAAUUUAACAAAAAAUAAAAUACCUUGGAAUUGGUCAGACGAAUGUCGGUUAGCGUUUGAAAAUGUAAAACAGGCAUUAAUAAAAAGUCAAUUAUUAGUUACAUAUAAUCCAGAUUUACCUCUAGUAGUUACGUGUGACAGUUCAAGCUACGGAGUUGGUGCAGUUCUUAGUCAUUUAAUAGAUGGGGAGGAAAAACCAAUUUUAUUCGCGUCUAGUACCUUAUCAGCAGCAGAAAAAAAUUAUGCACAAAUUGAGCGUGAAGGUUUAGCAAUAAUUUUUGCAGUAAAGAAAUUCCAUAAAUAUUUAUUUGGACGUAAAUUUAUUUUAGUAACUGAUCAUUUACCGUUAAAAUCAAUUUUUCAUCCGUCAAAGAAUAUACCUGUUGUAGCAUCAUCUAGAUUACAAAGAUGGGCAGUUAUAUUGUCUACUUAUCAGUACGAGAUUCAACAUAGGAAAGGGGUAGACAUAAGUAAUGCAGACGCGUUAUCUAGAUUACCACAAUGUAGUAGUACUGGGGAAAAUGCAUGUUCAAUUUUAUUAUUAGAAAAUUUACCUUUAACGUACAAGGAAGUGAGCAAAAAAACAAGUACUGACGAAGUGUUAGAAGAAAUAAGUCGGUAUACAAAAGAAGGUUGGCCGGAAGAAAAAUUAUUAAAUUCUGAAUAUCAACAAUAUUAUAAAAGACGGGAAGAAUUAUCGUUAGUAAACGACUGUUUGUUAUUAGGAAAUCGUGUGGUGAUUCCAAAGUCAUUAAGAGAGGACGUAUUGGGGUUAAUACAUAAAAACCAUCCGGGUAUUGUUCGUUCGAAAAUGCUUGCAAGGUCAUAUGUAUGGUGGCCUAAUAUCGAUUCUGAUAUAGAUAAAUUUAUUAAGACGUGUACGGAAUGCCAAUGUAAUCAAAAUGAUAAGAAAGUUAGCGAAAAAGUGUAUAUACCAUGGGAAAAUCCAUCAGAUUCUUGGAAAAGAGUACACAUAGAUUUUUUAGAAAUAAAUCAAGUUAAAUUAUUAAUUAUUGUCGACAGUUUUAGCAAAUAG